CGGGGAGCGGGAAGCGGAAGUGCCGGCGCAGGCGCAGUGUGGCGGCGCCCGGCCAUGCCGAAGGGAGCGAGACCCGCGGCGGCCAAGCAGGAGCAAUGGCGGGGGGAGGGAGAGGCCCAGGAGCAACCAGUCAAAAAGGGCAAAAAGGACCGGCGGGGCAAGAAAUCGUUCUUCGAGGAGCUGGUGGAGGAGGAGAAAUCGGCUCCCCCCGAAGCCGCCACCCCCCCCGAAAAGGAGGCGCCGGCACAGCAGGCGUCGAAGAAGAAACGGGAGCGAAGGAAAGAACAACAACGGCGGCGCGGGGGGGCGGAGGCUGAGCCCCAGGAGCUGGAGCUGAGCCGCAGGCUGCAGGAGCUGGCGGCUGGGGACAGCGAGGAAGAGGAGGAGGAAGCGCCCAGGAAAGGGGGGAGGAGGAGGAAGGGCGGGAACGUGUUCGCGGCGCUGAGUCAGGAGCAGAGCGAGGAGGAGGAGGAGCAGGAGAAGGCUGAAGGCUCCCGGCCCAGCAAGGGCAGAAAGGAGGAAGAGGAGGGUGACAAAAAGAAGAGGAAGAACCAGAAGAACGAGAAGAGCAAAGGGAGGAAACAGAGCAAAGCCCUGAGCGAGGACGAGGCCGAAGGCUCCGAUGAGGAUCCACAGCCCAAAGGCCGGAAGAACAAAUUCGCAGCCCUGCGUGAUGAGGAUGAGGAGGAUGAGGAGGAGGAUGAAGAAGCCCCAAAGAGCAUCAAGGCUGAAGAGGAGGAGGAGCAGCAGGGGACGAAGGCUGAGCCUGACGCCCGGGUGAGCAAGAAGGAGAAGAAGAAGAUGAAGAAGCAGCUGGAGUACGAGAGGCAAGUGGCCACCAUCAAGGCCGCGGCGGCCACCGGCGACAACGACUUCGCCGUGUCCCAGGCCGAGCUGUCCUCGCGCCAGGCCAUGCUGGAGAACGCCUCUGACAUCAAGCUGGAGAAGUUCAGCAUCUCAGCCCACGGGAAGGAGCUUUACGUCAACGCCGACCUCUACAUCGUGGCCGGGCGCCGCUACGGGCUGGUGGGGCCCAACGGGAAAGGGAAAACCACGUUGCUGAAACACAUCGCUAACAGGACACUGAGCAUCCCCCCCAACAUCGAUGUGCUGCUGUGUGAGCAGGAGGUGGUGGCUGACGACACCCCAGCCGUCCAGGCCGUGCUCCGAGCCGACACCAAGCGGCUGCAGCUGCUGGAGGAGGAGAAGCGGCUGCAGGCGCUGCUGGACAAGGGCGAGGACGCGGCUGCCGAGCGCCUGGAGAAGGUGUAUGAGGAGCUGAGGGCCAUUGGGGCUGCUGCAGCCGAGGCCAAGGCCAGGAGGAUCCUGGCUGGGUUGGGCUUUAACCCCGAGAUGCAGAACAGAGCCACCAGGAAGUUCUCGGGGGGCUGGAGGAUGAGGGUGUCGCUGGCUCGGGCUCUGUUCAUGGAGCCGACGCUGCUGAUGCUGGAUGAACCCACCAACCACCUGGAUCUGAACGCAGUCAUCUGGCUCAACAACUACCUGCAGGGCUGGCGCAAGACGCUGCUGGUGGUGUCCCAUGACCAGGGAUUCCUGGACGACGUGUGCACAGACAUCGUGCACCUGCACAGCCAGCGCCUCUCCUACUACAGGGGCAACUACAUGACCUUCAAGAAGAUGUACGAGCAGAAGCAGAAGGAGCUGCUGAAGCAGUUUGAGAAGCAGGAGAAGAAGCUGAGAGACCUCAAAGCCGGGGGCAAAUCCACCAAGCAGGCGGAGAAGCAGACCAAGGAGGCGCUGACGAGGAAGCAGCAGAAGUGCCGGCGCCGGGCGGGCAGCGAGGAGCGGGGCGAGGGGCCGGAGCUGCUGAGGCGGCCGCGCGAGUACAGCGUCCGCUUCACCUUCCCCAACCCGCCCCCCCUCAGCCCCCCCAUCCUUGGCCUGCACGGGGUGGAUUUUGGCUACGAGGGGCAGGAGCUGCUGUUCCACAACCUCGACUUUGGCAUCGACAUGGAGUCCAGGGUUUGCAUCGUGGGCCCCAAUGGGGUUGGGAAGAGCACGUUGCUGCGGCUGCUGACGGGGCAGCUGACCCCGACCCGGGGGCAGAUGCGGAAGAACCAUCGGCUGAAAAUCGGGUUCUUCAACCAACAAGCGGCCGAGCAGCUGCGGCUGGAGGAGACGGCGGCCGAGUACCUGCAGCGCGGCUUCAACCUCCCGCACCAGGACGCCAGGAAGUGCCUGGGGCGCUUCGGCCUCGAGGGACACGCCCACACGCUGCAGAUCGCCAAGCUCUCGGGCGGGCAGAAGGCCCGGGUGGUCUUUGCCGAAUUGGCCUGUCGGGAGCCCGACGUCCUCAUCCUGGAUGAACCAACCAACAACCUGGACAUCGAGUCCAUCGACGCUCUGGCCGACGCCAUCAACGAGUUCCAGGGAGCGGUGAUCGUGGUGAGCCACGACGCGCGGCUGAUCACCGAGACCGGCUGCCAGCUCUGGGUGGUGGAGGAUCGCGGCCUCAGCCAGAUCGACGGCGACUUCGACGAUUACAAGCGCGAGGUGCUGGAGGCGCUGGGCGAGGUCAUGGUCGCCCGGCCCCGGGACUGAGGGCUGGGGGUGGGGCAGCCCCUGGGACCCCCCCAAAACACCCCCCCCACAGCCCCAAGGUGCUGGUAAUAAAGAGCAACGG